AUGCUUAAGCAAACCAUUGUUGUCUUCGGUGCCACUGGCAAGCAAGGUGGCUCCGUGGUCAAGUCUCUGCUCAAAGACCCCAAGUCGGCUAGCAAAUUCCACGUCAGGGCUGUCACCCGCAACACAUCAAAGGAGAGCGCAAAGGCUCUUGAGACGCUCGGUGCUGAGCUGGUCUCGGCCGAUCUAGACAAGCCAGAAACACUCAAACCAGCCAUCAAGGGCGCAUAUGGCGUCUUCUCUGUGACCAACUUUCUGGAAAAGCUCAAUGCAGCACCUGAGAUUGUCCAAGGCAAAGCUGUGGCUGAUGCGUGCAAGGGUGUCCAGCAUCUGGUGUGGAGCAGUCUGCUGAACGUGACGGAGCUUACCAAGGGCAAGCUCAAGAAUGUCCAUCACUUUGACAGCAAGGCCGAAUCGAGGCCCACAUUCUUCCUCGCUGGUUACUUCAUGUCCAACCUUGCUGGCAUGUCGAUCCGAGAGAUGCCCGAUGGCAGCUGGGGUCUUGGCCUUCCCACGCCACCCGAUGCGCCAAUGCCCCUCUUCGACGCAGAAGACGACACGGGCAAGUUUGUCAAGGGCAUCUUCCUCAACCGGGAAAAGGUCCUCGGGGAGCGCAUCUACGGCGCGACCGAUUACUACACACCCACACGCAUCAUGGAUGAGUUCAAGGAGUGCUACCCCAAGGUUGCCGCCACUGCUUCGUACAACGAGCUUCCGGCGGACGUGUACAAGGGCAUCCUGGGCUCCAUCGGACUGCCAGCGUCGUUCCAAGACGAGAUGCUCGAGAACCACCAGCUCUUCUCGGUCUCGGGCUACUUUGGCGGUGCUAAGCUGGACGCCAGCCACGCCAUUGUCGAUGAGCCACUGACUACCUGGAAGCAGUACAUUCAGAACCAUCCCUCCUUUGCCAGCAUCAAGUCUUAAGGGUGUAGUGUGGCACGGAGAAAAAUGCAGAGGGGGACAUGAUUUCAAUGUUCUAGAUAGCCUGUCUCCAAUAAAAGAAGAUGUUAGCCACAU